GUUUAAUCUGCGUGAAGCGCCAAUCUUGAAUGUUCUCACUCACUACGCGAAAUUUUGUGAAAUUCUAUGAAUGUUGAGUCAACAGGUCCUCUACUAACACUGCUAGUUACUUUACCCCCCGAUUUAUUCGGAUAAUUAAACAUGAUGCUCGUGUCCACCGGGUUAGCAAGAAUGAAGUAGAUUGUCGUCGCCUUUUCGCUCUCGUCGUUUUAGGAGAAAGAUCUGUAUCUAUCGUGCAUUCGCUGGUAAUCAAUCGUGGUAAAUCGCGAGAGGGGCCGUGGUUAAUCGCUGUCGUUUGAAACAAAUCGAAAAAAGUGUUCGCUAAGAAUGAGAAAAUGGAGGUUCAUGCUCCAUCAAGAGGAAGACUUUUCAACAAUAAAGUUAAGGCAGACUCGGAUCUGUUGUAGUUUUUUGCGGUAAAAAAAGACGAAAACGUAAGUCACAGUGUUCUGGAGUAGCAAAAGACCUUUGCUACCAGACUAUGUUGCCGUCUCUCGAGGAGCUGACUUCCGUCCUCGAGCGGACCGCGGGCGCCAACGGGCUUUCUGCCUGCGUGAUGGAAACGCUGGAGAAGGGGGAGUUUCGCGUGGUUUUUUCCACGGCUCCCACGGAAUCCUCCCCCGUGUCUCUGCCCCAGACCCGCGCGACCAUCUACUUCGACACGGACCUGGACCAAAUCCGGUUCACCAUGGACGAUCGCGCGAUCAAGCAGGCCGGCGCGGAUUUAAACAGGUUGAUGAAGAUUCUCUCGCUCAACGCGAAGUUGGCGUUAGCCGUGAAGCAGAAGGUCUUGGCAGCGGCGAAGGAGGAGGGGAAGUUGGUCCCGGAGAACAGUUACGACGAGAGUUACAACCUGAACAUUCCGAGCAAGUUCGAAGAGGACGGCACGUUCUUGUCCAGCGCGUCCAAGUCGAAGUUGCUGCACUCCCGGUCCCCUUUCGGCAGCAUGUCGGGGACCUUUAAAUCCGCUUCGCCACCGGGGUCCCCGAAAGCCGGAACGCAGGGUAGUUCUUUUGCUCUUCACCAACAGGCCGCUUCUCAACACAACCAUGAGCACCAAUUCGCCCUUUCUAGUCCGAGUACCGUCGCCUCUACAGACCCGAUCGCGCCGGUCCGGGAUUUGGAAUCUUGUACCGACACUACCGUCGAAGAGACGAUCUACAAGGUGCUGGCCGCCGCGGACGAGGACAGCGAGGGGAGUUUGCCGCUCCGCGACGUGUUGCGCAUGCUGGAAGCGGUGUUCUGCAAGUCCGGCCCGUUGACGCAGUGGGACAUCCGGGUUUUGCUGGCCCAGAUGGAGUCGGAGCUGCGGUCCGACGGCAUCAUCCGGUCCGCAAAGCUGGUCACGAAGAUUGUGCCGCCGCUCCGGCGCGUGUACAACGAGUCGGUUUCGUUGAAACAAAAACAGAUCGCAGCGGCGGCGGCGGCGGCACACCAGCAGCAGCAGCAGGUUGUAGACCACACGAACAAUGAAGAAGUGGACCAAGUGAUCAUCACCGCGGAUCAAGUGCAGCAGAUGGUGGCGUUGCUGCAAGGCCACGAGCUGACCCUGUUGCACGAGCUGAUUCAGAAGAAGUGCGAACCUCUGGCGGACUCCGCGCACCCGGAGUUGCUGCAACGACACCGGUUGAAAUUCGUCUUGGACCAGCUGAACACCCGGAUCUCGGAGCCGGAGAAGUCUUUACUGCUGCAAAUCAUGCCCAUGCGGGUGUUGUUCCGGUCCCCGGAGGAGGACAGCCCGGUCCCCGCGGACAAGAAGAAAAACAACAAGAUUUCCUUCGACAUGUAUCGUAAGGAAAAGUCCCCCCUCCCCAUAUCGGAAACGUACCCGUCUGAAAAUUUGUGAUGCGCAUUUGGGACCUCAAAUCCUGUCUGUCUUGCCAGAAGGCAAGUCCAGAAAGCGCUCCGCAUCCUGCAGGCGGUUUGUGAUGCUGUUGGGCUUAGAGCAUACGCGUUUGCCAUGCUAGGCGCCUACGCCAACACCUCCCGACUGAGGCUUGGCAUAUGCCUGCAGUCGUCUCUAGCAAGACAGAUCUGAUUUGUGUACGCAAAUCCAGCAUCAGAAACUUCGUUUUGAUAUGGGGAGGGGGGAUUUUUCCUUUUGAUAACAUGUCACCGAAGUCCAAGGCGGACAACACGUUUCUGAACGGGUCCCUGGACAGUCCGAUGGCGACCGCGAAGCCGAACAAGAAGCGGCCGGUCACCUUCAUCAACUUCACGGAGUUCCACGACAAUCUGGCCUACCUGCGCGCCGCGCGGACCUUCUACUGGCCGGACAACCUGGCGCAGGUCCGCCACUCCCUGAUCGAGAUCGUGCGGUCGUUCAAAGCGCGGAUUCCGAUCUGGACCUACCGCGCGCAGGUGCUGGGGCCGUUGAUGCAGCAGAAGCUGGUGUGGCUGUCCGCCGCGGAGCUGUUCGUGAUCGGCUGCAUGACCCCGGUCACCAAGGAUGCCGGGCUGGAGUGCGGCUUCACGGACAUUGAGGAGGCUAUCAAAUGCAAAAAUGUCUGGGUCUGGAAGAGUCAUGCUGUUUUUGCAUGACACAGGAUGUCUGUCCUGGAAGCCCUAGCAUCACAGAUUUCGAGAAGCUUCCGCAUUGCUUAAUCGGCAUUACAAAUCCCCCACUUUGGUGACAGGAAAUGGACACCUUUUGCUGCCUAUGCAUGAGAGAUUUGUCUGUGUUGUGAAAUGCGCAUCACAAGCUCACAUCCUUCCAGACCCAGACAUUUUUACAAUCCAUAGAGGCGUUCGACAUCCUCUUCUGUCUCGUGCAGCAGUGGCACGACAAGUUAUCAAAUGUAAAAAUGUCUGGGUCUGGAAACUUGUGAUGCUGGGUGGCGUCUCAUGAUGAGGCUACAAAUGCUGGCUCAGCAUGACAAGUUUCUGAGCUCCUAGGUGUUGCCUAUUCUGCAUGACAAAGUGCGCUUCUGCAUCACAGAAAAACGGAGCUCUUGGGUAACGUGCAUGACAGAUUUAAAAGUCAUGCCAGACAAGCAUGACAAACAUGAAUUCUUCCAGACCCAGACAUUUUUACAGUUGAUACAAGGAUGCGGUCUACCAAAAGGGGGUCACCAUGGCGCUGGAGCUGGAAGCGGAGCGGAAGCGGAAGGAAAUGGAGGAACUGCAGCAGUUUUCCGGUGCGAGCCCAAAAGCGAGUAACGAGGAGGCGAACCGCAAGGAGAAGUUUGUGCCGCUGGAAUUGCGCGACAACCUGGAAGUGGUGGAACGAGCCCUGAUGGCGCAGUUUUCGGUAGCGGAUUCGGAACGGAAGGGCAUGAUGCGACAGGACGAGGUGGCGGCGUUGCUGUUGGGUGAUUGGGACGUGUACAUCGAAGAUGGCGGGUUGCUAGACAGUGAGAAGGCGGGGUAUAAUUUGCUUGUAGUUGUGAACAACCAGUUUUUUUAGCUUUAUUUUUCCUCGGUUUCGGUUUUUGUGCACGAUCGAUGAAGAAAAUCGAAUCCGAGCUAGGUUUCUCAUCGUGCCAACACUGUUUAUGAGUAAAUCGCAACCCCUACGUACCCCAGGUUGCUUGCCAUGUGCGAGCCGGUGUUGGACGAAGAUGGGAAGCAAACUUCCUACCUGCGCUACGACGAGCCGGUGAAGACCUUUUUGCCGAUCUUGUUCGACAUCCGGCAGAACCAGGGCUUUCGGGAGGUCCUCCAGCUGGAAUCUCCCUUGGAGGAGUUGAUGACGGAGGAGAUCAUGCAGCUGCGGCAACUCGGCCCGCUUCCGUAUGAGAGUGCACAACUCCACCUCGUCCCCCUCAUUUGUCAUGCAAAACCCCAAAUCCAACUGUACUGCUGCCCUGUCGCACUCGCUGCAUGACAGAUUCUGGAAGGCCAAACAGUAUGAAUUUGCCAUGCACAGGCUCCACGUGUGCUGGUGAUGGUGUUUGUAUUGCUGCUCAUGCUUUUCAAAUGAGGGGGAGGGGAAGCUGUGCACUUUCAUAUGCCGACCCGAAAAUCCACGACGGGGCGGCGCAGCCGGUUCUCGGUCGGCGCCGGCGGCGGACCGGGCCGGGUGUCCGGUGUGAGCGCUGCGGGCCGACCCUCGGCCGGGGGUCCGGGCCAGAAAAAGGGGGUGCGGAGAGUCCAGGAAAUCACGAUAUCAAAUGCAAAAAUGUCUGGGUCUGGAAGAUUCUGAGACUUGUCAUGCAUGUUUUGCAUGACCCAGGAUGUCUGUAAUGCACGACCUAGCAUCACAGAUUUUUAGAGGGCUUCCUGAUGCCUACUUCGCAUGACAAACGCACUCCUGACGCACUACUUAGCAUCACAAGUUCCAACCGUCCAGACCCAGACAUUUUUACAGUUGAUACACGACCCGGGGCGGCAAACUGAUCCCGAAGGUGAUCGACAUCGCGGCGUUGGUGCACGAAAGCCGGGCGGACAGGAGAAGGAGGAUCGGGUCGGACGCCUGGUCGCAGUUGAUUCAGAAAAUCAAGUGA